AUGUCGAGGAAAGCAGGAGCAUUAGACCUGCAGUACAUCCAGAUCCUGCGUCGGUUCCUGUGGUUCAACGGCGCGUGGCCGGGCGACGUGCUCGGCGAGCCCGUCCCUCUGAUCAUCCGAUACCACAAGUAUCAGAUACAAGUUCAGUCGAUAUUGGUUCUGAUAGCACAGGUCAAUUACCUGUGGAAAUUUAACGAUGAGAUGUCGUUUUUAAUGAUGGGACACGUUUAUAUAACCACCUUCUUAACGGCCGUAACCUUAGUUCGGUGUUCCUUACCGUUUUUUCAAGAAUACCAUAAUAUUUCAAAGACCUUUUUGACGGAAUUUCAUUUAUUUUAUCACAAGCACAAGGGAAAAUACGAGGCAGAGAUUUGUGCGUUCUGGGACUGGCUAUCGUACUGGUUCUCUCUGUACCAGAUGGCGCUGAUGGUGCUGGGCAUGACGCUGUUCAACGCGCUGCCCGUGUACAAGAGCAUCCAGGCGGGCGCAUUCAGAACCAUGAAUCUACAAAAUAAAACACUAGAAUUCGCCGUCUACUAUACCCUGCCAGUAUAUCAUUGCGCAGAUCACUUCUACAUAUCUACGACGAUGAAUGUUUACUUCUCUUAUGUCACUUCUUGCAGCGUCUGCGUUCUAGACUUGCUCCUGUCUCUGAUAGUAUUCCAAAUCAUUGGUCACAUUCAAAUACUACUUUAUAACAUUGAAAACAUUUCGGUAGCAAAAGGCUUGAAAUACAAUAAAGAAGAAAAUAUGGCCGUUGGCAAAAAGUUGAUUGAAGUUAUAGAUCAUCAUCGCGACAUAGUUAGAUUUGCAGCUUCGAUAUCUUCGUUUUUCGGACCCAUGCUGGCCAUCAACUAUAUGUUUCAUUUGGUCAGUGGAUGUAUAUUACUGUUAGAAUGUGCGAGACCUGAUCCUGAAACCCUGGCUCGCUUCGGUCCUCUCACUAUUAUCGUAUUUGGGGAAUUAAUACAAAUAUCUGUAAUCUUUGAAAUCGUCGGUUAUAUUAGCGAGAAGCUGAUCGACGCGGCGUACUGCAUGCCGUGGGAGAGCAUGGACGUCAGCAACCAGAAGACGGUCAAGUUCUUCCUGAGCCGCAUCCAGACGCCCAUCCAGCUCACCGCCAUGGGCAUCGUGCCCGUCGGCGUGCAGACCAUGCUAGGGAUAUUGAAAACAACCCUAUCGUAUUUCGCUUUGCUGAAAUCAAUAAGCGAAUAA